AUGGAUUUUGAACUCGAAGAGCAUUUUAACAAGACAAUUGUCAAAAAGAACAAUACUUUGGCUGCUCAGAAUGCUGCCUUUCCUGUCUGGGAUGACUACAGAGGUACAGAGAACAUUACUGCGGCUGCUCGGAAUGCUGCCUUUCCUGUCUGGGAUGACUACAGAGGCAGCGUAGAUGAUUUACAAUACUUUCUGAUUGGGCUCUAUACAUUUGUAAGUCUUCUUGGCUUUAUGGGAAAUCUACUGAUUUUAAUGGCGGUUAUGAAAAAGCGCAAUCAGAAGACUACAGUGAACUUUCUCAUAGGUAACCUGGCCUUCUCCGAUAUCUUGGUAGUGCUUUUUUGCUCACCUUUCACACUGACCUCUGUCUUGUUGGAUCAGUGGAUGUUUGGCAAAGCCAUGUGCCAUAUUAUGCCUUUCCUUCAGUGUGUGUCAGUUCUGGUCUCAACUUUGAUUUUAAUAUCAAUUGCCAUUGUCAGGUACCAUAUGAUAAAGCAUCCCAUAUCUAACAAUUUAACAGCAAACCACGGCUACUUUCUCAUCGCUACUGUCUGGACCCUGGGCUUUGCCAUCUGCUCUCCCCUCCCAGUGUUUCACAGCCUUGUGGAACUUAAAGAAACCUUUGGCUCAGCAUUGCUGAGCAGCAAGUAUCUGUGUGUUGAGUCAUGGCCUUCUGAUUCAUACAGAAUUGCUUUCACAAUCUCUCUACUGUUAGUUCAGUAUAUUCUGCCUUUAGUUUGUUUAACCGUAAGUCACACUAGCGUCUGCAGGAGUAUAAGCUGUGGAUUGUCCCACAAAGAAAACAGACUGGAGGAAAAUGAGAUGAUCAACUUAACUCUUCAUCCAUCCAAAAAAAGUGGGAACCAGGCAAAACCCCCCAGCAGCCAGAAGUGGAGUUACUCGUUCAUCAGAAAGCACAGGAGGCGAUACAGUAAGAAGACAGCCUGUGUCUUACCCGCUCCAGCAGGACAUUCCCAGGAGAAGCGUCCAACAGUUCCAGCAAACCUGGGCUCUGUCAGAAGUCAGCUCUCUUCAUCCAGUAAGGUCAUUCCGGGGGUCCCGACCUGCUUCGAGGUGAAGCCUGAAGAAAACUCAGAUGCUCGUGAGAUGAGAGUCAAGCGCUCCAUCACCAGGAUCAAAAAGAGAUCUCGGAGUGUUUUCUACAGACUGACCAUUCUGAUACUUGUGUUUGCCGUGAGUUGGAUGCCACUCCACCUUUUCCACGUGGUGACGGAUUUCAAUGACAACCUUAUCUCCAACAGACAUUUCAAGCUGGUGUACUGCAUUUGUCACUUGUUAGGCAUGAUGUCCUGCUGUCUUAACCCGAUCCUAUAUGGAUUUCUUAAUAACGGGAUCAAGGCAGACUUGAGAGCCCUGAUCCACUGCCUACACAUGUCCUGAUUCUCAUCGUUUA